AUGUUGAGAGAUCCGAGUCGACGGUUGGUGGGGCUGAAGUGUCUAGAGGUUGUGAAACGGAGCUUGUUGACGGGCGAGAUGGAACCAAUGGAAGUGGUUGGAGAUAGGGAAGUGAGACGAUUGAGGGAGAGAGGUGGAUAUGUUGUGGUCGGGUAUGAUUUGGAGAGAAUUGAGUGGGAAUCAUGGGUCGGGUCCGAUAGGUUUUGGGCGGUGGGGAUGGGUUGGGCUGGUUCUUGGGCUCUAGCCUCUCAAUUGAAAUGUAAGCGGAUCGACUUGUGGAAUAGUCUAGAAAUAUACACACUAAUGACUUGGGAUGGAGUUUGGAGGUUGUGUACGGACGGAGCCAAGGAUAACAUAGGCAUCCAAAAUUUUUUAGACGAGUGUAAUUUGUUAUACAAUGGAAUAAGAGUCGAUAUGGGGAUUUGUGGUGAAGGAUUGGAGUUGGAAGCCGAUUGA